UCAGAACAAUCGGUUACAACCUGCGGGGUCCUUUGCCUUCAUAGGAUCACCAGGUUCUCGAGUCGUAAGCUGGUCCAGGCUGCCAUAUACGAAUGUAGCCUAGAUAUUUAAUACGCCUCUGAACACCGCCCUCACGACACAUUUAUUCUUCGUCAAUCAAGAUUCAAGAAUACGGGUACGAUAGGUAGCAUGGCAUCUUCCGCAGCAGUCGAGCUUUUCACCUUAUCCGACGAUCGAAACAUCUCGUACGCUAUUUACGGAGACCAUGACUCCUCUAGAACAAUAUUCUACCAUCAUGGAUAUCCGUCAAGCCACGAGGAGGCCAUCUUCUGCGACGACCUUGCCCAGCAGCGGGGGAUUCGCUUAAUAAGCGUGGAUCGACCUGGGAUGGCUUCCUCGACGUACCAACCUAAUCGCCGGCUUCUCGACUGGCCCGUUGACCUUCUUGCACUUGCAGAUCACUUGAAGGUUGACCGGUUCGCCGUCUUUGGCGUUUCCGGGGGAGGACCAUAUGCGAUAGCGUGCUGGCACCAAAUUCCGAGGUCACGAUGCGUCGGCCUAGGCAUCAUGAGCGGCUUGUAUCCAACAAAUCUGGGAGCCUCCGGAAUGCUUCUACUGAGCCGGGCGAUAUUCUGGACUGCCCAAUGGUCGCCAUGGCUCGUAGGGCAACUUUUGGAAUUGGGGAUAGGGCCGACAGCGAGGAGUACUGAGGACCUAGAGAAAAGGUUGGGCGAUUCUAUGAAAUCGCGGUCUAGGGCCGAUCGUGAAGCUUGGGAUAAUAGUCCUCCCAGUUUUCGCCAAGGCCUAGUAAGAGGGUUGAGAGGAGCAUUCGAGCAGGGUCCAGACGGCGUUGGGUGGGAAGGUCGUAUAUACGGCUCCGAUUGGGGUUUCGGCCUCGACGAGGUUAAGGUAGAGCCCGGGAGAGUCGUUCUAUGGCAUGGCGACGAAGACGUAAACUGUCCCAUUGCUAUGACCGAGAAGGCUGCGAAGUUGCUUCAUAAUGCUGAACUACGAAUUUCCAUGGGUCAAGCUCACAUGAUGUUCGCGACUAAGGCAGAUGAAGCUCUCGAGACGCUGGGUAAGAUUAUUGAUAGAGAGUAAUAUUACCCGCUCAUUUAUAUAUAGUCCGAGUAGGUACAAAUAGUAAGUAGUCU